AUGCAACAUGCCCGUGAAGGCUGGUCCAUCCACGUGAAUGGUGAAGACAUAAAAAGUGGGCUCCCGAUAAAUGGGAUGACAGUGAUUUCUCAAGCUGAGUUUGACCUUGUUCAAAGUGUCCAAGAAAAUGCAAAUCUACGUCCAAAAAUAGUUCAGUCGCCAGAUAAAAUACAGAGAGCUUUAGAGGAGAAGAAAUUAACUCGAGAUGAGGCAAAGAAUGCAGAAAGAUCAGCUAUGCAAUCUUUUCAGCAGAAAACUGCCACUGUUGAGGUCUAUAGCAAGGAGUUCAACAAUUGCAUACCUUACCUUUUGUGCAAGAUCUUUCAUCUGGCUGUUUGUAUCUCCAUUCUUGAAGUGCUUAGUCGUAUGUUGUAGCUGAACUUCUUGCUUCACUCUUUGGCUUUUGUACCCUGUGCUGUUGGGAAAAUCUGGAAUCAUUUAUUGC